CGUCUCGGAAUCCCGACUCGCAGUUUCAUCUGCACACGACGGUGACACGGCCAAUAGGGAGGGAAAAAUGCUGUGUCAAGCCCAUCCUGACAGUCAUCGUUUAGCGUGGGAGCACUUGGGAUCUGUGGCGGAGGGGCUGGCCAUCCUCUGGAGACCUGUUCUACAUACGGCGAAACAAGGAGCACGCUGCUGAGACUCCACACCAUUUAUCUCCCAGCUGCAAGGUUGGGCCAAGAUUAAUUGAGUGAGAAGUGCCAGUCUGUGUGUGUUAGUGCUGGUGACUUGAAGCGUGGUCUAUUAGUUGAGCCGGAGAUGAUAGGACCAUGUGUUAGGGGGAGAACAGGGAUGAGGAGGGGAUGGGGUCAACCUUGUCUUGUGUGCCCGUCGUGAUCAGCAGGGGUCGCACCUUGGUGGCAGCUGCUUAUCUAGCUUGCGCUGAGGCAGGAUAGUCACCCAUCGCCCCAGAAUCGAACGGCAGAACACUGAUGCUGGGAUAGAAAUCUGGUCUCGGGUUUAGGGAUGCAAACAUAUCUUGAGGGGGCCAUAACUGAGGACCUUCUCGUGGAAAACUCUAAACCUGGAAUGAUCCUUUUGAGCAUUCCCGCCGGCGUGAGUCCUCAUCCGUGUUGUGCAACUGGGUUCAGCGCUUGUACUCUGGACUCUAUCAGCACAUUGUUUGAACUGGCACGCUCCCAAUGCAAAGCCCGUGUACAGCAGCACAGGCUGUCUCAACCAUCCCGCGGGAAGUUUGUGGGCACAUUCCAGAGAGCACGGGGGGUGGAAGCACCUCAAUCUUAGGAGUGGGAAUCUCUGAAUCACCUUUUCCUGGAAAGGAGCUGAGCUGGGACCGAGCGGCCGGCUGAGCCCGGCUGGCCUUUUGCUGUUGGCAUUGGGUAACGCCACACCUUCCCUGUGCUAAACAGGUAUAUGUGCCGAGGCGUUAUGCCCCGGGGAGCAGUGCCCACAGUGCACUAGAGGCAUCUGAACCUUGUCAGCGGUCAUAAAGCCGAAGCCACCCCAGCGCCCGCCGCCCGUUGAGCCGAGACGUCCUUUUUUGGGGGCCAUGUCUCUCACCGACAAACACAAAGUCAAGAGGCAACGGCUGGACCGAAUUUGUGAAGGCAUCCGGCCCCAGAUCAUGAACGGGCCCAUGCACCCGCGCCCGUUAGUGGCGCUGCUGGACGGACGCGACUGCACGGUGGAGAUGCCCAUCCUCAAAGACCUGGCCACCGUCGCCUUCUGCGACGCGCAGUCCACGCAGGAGAUUCACGAGAAGGUGCUGAACGAAGCGGUGGGGGCCAUGAUGUACCACACCAUCACGCUGACCAGGGAAGACCUGGAGAAGUUCAAAGCACUGCGCAUCAUCAUUCGCAUCGGCAGCGGAUACGAUAACAUCGAUAUCAAAGCGGCCGGAGACCUCGGCAUCGCAGUGUGCAACAUCCCAUCCGCGGCGGUGGAGGAGACGGCCGACUCCACCCUGUGCCACGUGCUUAACCUGUACCGGCGGAACACGUGGCUCUACCAAGCUCUCCGCGAGGGCACGCGGGUCCAGAGCGUGGAGCAGAUCCGGGAGGUUGCGUCGGGCGCUGCGCGCAUCCGCGGCGAGACCCUGGGCCUCAUCGGAUUCGGUCGUUCGGGGCAGGCGGUAGCCGUGCGCGCCAAGGUGUUCGGCUUCAACGUGCUGUUCUACGACCCGUACCUGCAGGACGGGCUGGAGCGCUCGCUGGGCGUGCAGCGCGUCUACACACUGCAGGACCUUCUGUACCAGAGCGACUGCGUCUCCCUGCACUGCAACCUCAAUGAGCACAACCACCACCUCAUCAACGACUUCACCAUCAAACAGAUGCGUCAGGGAGCAUUCCUCGUAAACACAGCCCGGGGCGGCCUGGUGGACGAGAAGGCCCUGGCCCAGGCCCUGAAGGAGGGGAGGAUACGCGGGGCCGCCUUGGAUGUCCAUGAAACGGAGCCCUUUAGCUUUGCUCAAGGCCCCCUGAAAGAGGCGCCCAACCUGAUCUGCACACCUCACACGGCCUGGUACAGCGAGCAGGCGUCCCUGGAGAUGAGGGAGGCCGCCGCCACGGAGAUCCGAAGAGCCAUCACAGGCCGCAUCCCGGACAGCUUAAGAAACUGCGUCAACAAGGAGUUCUUCGUCACCACGGCGCCCUGGGCCGUGAUGGACCAACCCGCCGUUCAUCCCGAACUCAACGGUGCAGCCUACAGAUACCCACCGGGCGUGGUGGGCGUGGCACCAGGCGGCCUUGCCGGGGCGCUAGAGGGCAUGGUGCCCGGCGGGGUGCCCAUCGCCCACACUCUGCCCUCCGGUACCCACCCCUCGCAGGCCCCGUCGCCCAACCAGCCUUCCAAACACGGCGAGCCCAGAGAGCACCUCACCGAGCAAUAGCGGCCAGAACGGACCACCAGGCCCCCCCCCACCCCUCUUCAUUCCCAGCCCCUUGCAGCACCCUCCCCCUCCCUCCCUUCAACCGGGACCAAGAGACAGUGCCCCCAUUCCGACAGGUUCCAGUGGAAUUUGUACUUGGAACGUCUUGUUUAUAUAUUUUUAUUUUUCGGGGGGGGAGAGGGGACUGCAGCAUGCUGAACAUGCAUCAGCAACCCAGCGUCUAUUUUAUUUUAUUUUUUUAAACCCUUCUCUCUCCCCAAGCCGCCACCCUUUGACCCAGCCAUCUUCUCCAACUAAUGUGUGUUGUUUUGGCCCCAUAGUUGUAAACACUUAAAUGUCAGCUGAAAAUCAAUUAGUGAUUAGUAAAACAAAACAUUGUGCACUUGAUUGUUGAUUAAUUCCAAUGUGAUGACAACGUUAACGACUCAGGAAUACCCCGCCUCUUUUUUCCUCCGUUUUCUCCGAGACCUGGGGGAAGAACUGACAAAAUACAAUUCCCAUCUCCAGUCCAGUGUUUGAAGACUUUGACAGAGUCCUGUUAGAUUGCUGUCACUUAGUUGGAUGUUCCUAUAAAGCCUCGUCACGUGUGUCCCCACUUCCUGCUCCUCCUUCUAUUUUCUUUGUUCAGGCUCAUCCUGUACUCUUGUCAAAAGCAAUAGCGGAAAACUCCCGUCUGUAGUUUGGCAUAGCAGAGCGAGGCAGCCCCCCCCCCCCCCCCUGGAAAGUUUGCUUUUGUUUUUAGCGUGAGUAUUUGUAUUUGUUUCUUGUAUCAGGUGAACAUUUAGCAUUCAGUGCAGUUCCAAUAAAAAAAUAUUCUGAAA